GAGACCAACACACCGACAAUAACAGUAAGUUUCAUUUACCUAUAAAAGCACUGCCGCUUCAAAAACAUCUUUCUAUUGAUCGUGUUUAAAAGCAGAUUAAGGCCUUCAGUCUUCAGUCCUUCUCUGAACAUCCUGUUCUGAACAUUAUUAUUUGCUGUACUGAGCCCUGUAAAGUCAGAGGUGCAGUUUUUUUCCCGUUUGAAAUGUUUUGAGUAUUUGACAACCUGAUUUGGUUGUGAAUCUGAGGGGAUAUGGACCUCUCUAAAAAUAGGCUACUGUUUAAGCUCCCUGACUGUAGAAAGCUGGGCGCUGAAUAUGUUUGGAAGAGGCCUCUUGAUUUGGUGCUCAUGUCUCUAGGCCUCGUUUCAAUGCACCAGGAUACUCCAGACAAAAUGUCUGAUGUUAUAGAGGUGAUCACCCUCAUUGAUGAUCAGUUCAUUGUGUGUAUUUCAUACCAGCAGCAGGCUUCUGUUUGUUCAUCCUGAGACAGGUGCCAUGUCUUCCUCUGAACCUGAAAAAACUCGAGCAGGAAAGAAGGUGAAAAUUUUCUCAUACGUUGUGGGAAAUACCCAUGAUUCUCACAAAAAGUUUCUCAAAAAACUCCGGAAAAGUGGUGCCAAAGUAGUGCUUGAACAAGCUAAGAGCAGUGCGGUCAUUGUCUUCUGUCCAAUCGUCAGUCGUUUUACUACAGAUGUUGAGUCAGCGCUUUCUGGUAUCUCAGGAAAUCCCAAAAUUAUUCUGGUGGCGAUGCAUCAUACCUAUGACCCAAACUACACUCUACCAGACCACAGAAACGUUGACAACUGUCAUGUUGUCAAAGUCGUGGAAUGUCUGUUUUUUGAGAAAAAGGGACUUUUAAAAUGCUCUCGCAAUAAAAGGGCAGUGAAAUUGGUCUGUGAACAGCUGGGUCUUCGGAACAAAAUUCUGACCUUUAAAGGGAAAGAUAAAGCGGUCUAAGGACUGGUCUGGAGGUAAAACACAUGCAGUCGUGAUUCAUCUUUUUCAUUUAUAGUGGUUCCAUGGACAAAAUUCAGAUCACUUACUGGAUGUCACUAGGAAAGAUUAGAUAAUUUGGAAACAAUCAAAUGAACAUAAGAGCACUUAUGAUCAAAAGAAGCAAACUUAGACUGGACCUUUAGACUAAAAGUCUUUUAUCUUACAACAUAAUCCAUGAAGAACAAUUCUGAGCUCUUGAGGAGCCACUUUUCCAGACCUUAUAUAUUUAAAGUUCCUAAUACAACAAAAAAUUAACAUCAAUAAUUGAUUAAAGCAUGCGAGUAAUAUUUCUUUGUCCAAACAACACGAUAAAUACAGUUAUUCCAAUUGCUCCCACACUGAGCUGUGAUAGAGUUCCCCACAUCCUGUCAGCAAGUGUGGGGCUUUGGUUGGUUUGCUAAAAGGAGCGGGACACAUUCACACAUGUUGAUUAAUAAUGUAUUCAAAUGAAUAACUUAAUCUGAAUGUGUGAGUUCAGUGUGCUUCACCGUUUCGUGAUAAUCCCAAGGGUAGUGCACAACAGUUGUUGACCACCUCUAAAAAAAACAAUUGCCCUGGAAAGACGUUUUGGUGGAAUUCAGGGAGCAGAGUUUAAGGUGUUACGAUUAAUGCGCCACGAUCAACCCCUAAACUUCGGAGGACACAGGGUGCACAUAUAAAUCUCAGGUGUGUUUCGCAAACACCUAAGAAAUCACUCUGGAUGUUUAAUUUAAUCUGGAAUUAUUUUUCCUUUAAAACAUUUUUUUAAAUGAAAUAUUUGGUGUGCUUUUACUGUGGAAGAUAAUGUGUUUUGUUGCUUUAUUUGAUGUAAUGUCACUAUACCAUGACACUUCUAUAAAGUCAAACAGAAUGUGGGCUUGGAAAAUAAAGCUAACUUGCGAAUGUAGUG